AUGGUGUCUUUCUCGUGCGAGGCGUGCGGCGACGUCUUGACCAAGAAGAAGCUCGACCCGCACAGAAACCGCUGCCGGGGUGCCACUUAUACGUGCAUCGAUUGCAUGGUACACUUUCCUGGCACGCAGUAUCGCUCGCAUACGAGCUGUAUGACCGAAGAACAAAAGUACCACGGUGCUCUAUACAAGAACAAGAAAGUCAAGCCCAACCCGACGACCCCAGAAGCGCCAAAAGCCACAAUGGCGACCAUGACCCAUUUAGCAUACGUUGAAGACGCCCCGGAAGACUACAUGGACUACCAGAUCGAUGAUGACGGCAAGACGGUAGCAUCCGCAUUACCGCAUGCGCCCACGCCUCCGCCUGCCGACGAUGCCAAGGUCGACGUCUUUGACUUUCUCGUCGCAGGAGCAACGCCGAAUGCCUCCAACCUGAAGCUCCCUCAGGACGAUGCUCUCAAGGAGGGCGACAGCACGUCACUCGUCCGGUACGACUACGAGGCCAACACCUACGUCGACCCUACUGGCUACGAGGCCGACGACAAAAAGUCCAUGGUUCAGUACGGCACCGGCCCGGUGCCUGUUCACACUCCCGCAAACAAGAGCGAGCGAAGGAAAGCAAAGGAAGGAGCCAAGGAUGCCAACAAGGACAAGAAGCGCAAGCGCCUGCACGUCGACGUGCCCAUGGACGAGCCUCCAGUCCUGCACUCGGGCCUCACUGGCGGCCUGAACCGCCUCAUGAGCCGACCCUCUGUCUUCCCCCCGUCGCCCGAAUACUCGGCCGACGCUGCCGAGACGCCGGCCAGCCCGCUCAAGAAGUCCAAAUCGAAGCACUCGAAGCAUCGCGGAGAAGGCAUUGGCAACAACCUCAUGUCCAUGCUCACAUCCAAGCCCAAGAAGAAGAAGUCGUCUUCGUCAAAGAAGCACCGCGAGCACCGAGAACACCGCCACAAGUCGGACGGCGAGAAGGGCCCCAAGCUGAUCGAGUACCGGCCCGGCUCCAAGGACAGCAAGAGCGGAGACGCCAGCCAGAUGGUCGUCUACAAGCCGCGCGCGGAUCUGCUGCUCAGCCUGGUCAACAAGGGCCCCGACAGCGAGCGAGGCUGCAGCAUGAACAAGGCGCUCAAGCGGUUCCACCGCGAGAGGAGCGCGUCGGGCAACAGCCUCGGCAAGCCGAUGGAGGAGAAGGAGCUGUGGAGGUCAUUACGCCUGCGCAAGAACGACCGCGGCGAGAUUGUCCUCUUCUCCAUCUGA